AUGGGUAAGGGGAAACCGAAGGCUGAUGGUAAUGGGAAACCGAAGGCUGAUGGUAAUGAAGUUAGAACUGGGUGGAAAGAUCCUAAAGAAUUAAAAGCUUAUUGUGAUUUGUCUGCUGCCCAAGUCCUAGACGGCAAGAAGCAUAAUGGAUUUUUGAGAAAGGAAGGGGUUGAUGAAGUGAUUGAGCAGUUAGGUGAAAUGGGAAAAGUGGUGACUCCCACGCAGUUUAAAAACAAAUGGGAUCAUCUGAGAAAGUGUUGGAAGACUUGGAAGGAGUGUUUUAGUGAGACUGGGUUAGGUUAUGAUCCUGUAACUGGGGUUAUUCACAUGACUGAUGAGUGGUGGACCCGAAAGAUUCAGGCAUGUCCCAAGGCGGCAACUUAUAAAAACAAACCAUUGCCGAAUAUUAAGUCCAUGGAAAUCAUGUUUGAAGGCACGAUUGCAACGGGAAAACAUGCGUUCUGCACAAGUGGUGAAAUACCAAAUGAUUGCACCGAAGGGUCUGGGGACUCCGCUGAUAGCAAAGAAUUUGUUGACCCCCAAUGUGAACCCUCUGCGAACUCAGUUGACCCAAUGGAAGUUGAAGGGCCAGCAUCGUCUAGAGCAAGACCAGCAGUGAAUAAGGGGAAGGGCCUGGCAAGCGCUUUUCAACUUUUUAGGGGAAUUUGCAAGAAACCAAGAAAGAAGCGUUCAACCAUGCAAGAGAUGUCUGACUCUUUGAAGAGCAUGUCAGAUAUUGUUGAAAGUAGAAGCGUAAGUACGCACAAUACACCAUUUCGCACCACAGCAGCUAAUGAGAUGCAAGCAAUUAUGGACAUGGUGUUAACUCUUCUUGGGGUGCAAGCGGAUGAUCGUCUUCAUAUGUUCAGCACCUUCUUCUUCAUGAAUAACGUAGAUGGUAGGAACAUGUUUGCAGCUAAUGUUGAGAGGAAGGAGGUCCAGCUGAGGUGGCUAGAGAAGCAGUACGAAAUCAACCCUCAGUUUCAUGUUCUCUGA